AUGACUCUUACGCUGCCUGUACUCUCUGCAAAUGUGACAUUUGUUCGUCCUUCUACUUUCUAUAUCAAUGGAUUUUCCAAUAUUCAGCACACAAAGUACUACUAUAUAUUUCUCUCUAUUGUCUAUGCAGUGACAAUUGUAGGGAAUUCUUUUAUAAUGUGUACCAUUUAUCUAACACGUGCCCUCCAUACAGCAAAGUACAUUGCUGUGUUUAACCUGGCUCUGUCUGAUUUAGGUGGCAGCUCUGCUCUUAUUCCAAAGCUUAUUGAUACUUUUCUGUUUGGGAAUCAAUUCAUAUCAUAUGAAGACUGUCUGGCAAACAUGUUUUUUGUCUUAAUCUUCAUGACCUCGCAAUCUCUUACCCUGCUUGUUAUGGCCUAUGACAGGGUAGUUGCUAUAUGUUUUCCUUUAAGGUAUAAUGCUAUUGUUACCAAAGCAGCAAUGACUUUACUCAUUGUUAUUACCUGGAUUAUCUCUAUAAUGAUUAUCGCUCUACUUGUAGCUCUGAUAACCAGGCUGUCUUUCUGUAGAUCUACAGUCAUCAACAGCUACUUCUGUGAUCAUGGUCCAAUCUAUGUAUUAGCUUGCAAUGACAACAUUAUAAAUCGUGUCAUGGCUGUACUCUCUUUUGCUUUGCUGGCUUGUCUUCCAUUGAUGUUAAUCUCUGUCUCAUAUAUUUGUAUUGGCAUUGCCUUGAUGAAUAUCUCACAUGGUUUUGAGCGGAAAAAAGCCAUGAAAACCUGUACCUCCCACCUUAUUUUAGUGGCUUUAUUUUAUCUGCCAUUUUUUGGCACCAAUGUGGCAGCUCUUACAUCGUCUAUAACUGUCAAUGAUCGGAUAAUCAAUUCUACUCUGACACAGGCUAUUCCACCCAUGUUAAACCCCAUUAUAUAUACUUUAAAGACAGAGGAGGUCAUGCAUGCUGUUAAAGUGCUCUACAAACGGGUCAAAGCAGCAGUGAUGUGUGGUGUGAGCAGUGGACAGGUAGUUUACCCAAGGGGUCGCCUGUACUACCUGACAACCCUUGAGAUGUAG